AAGAGGAAGAGGAACAGGCGUUGUUCCGCUACAAGGCUCAGACACAUGGAGACGACCGCAGUGAGGAGCAGAAGGAGGAGGAAGACUUCCGUGCAAGUUUCCCUUCCUAUGAGAAGGAUUAUGUCGUCAUGAAGAUGUAACUGGGCAGAAGGCCCUGGGAGGAACAGACGCUGAUCAAGAGGAGAUGACUAAAGAUGAAGUCACUCCAGGAGUGGACAGAAUCAGUCCAGCAGAGAUGUCCCUCAUCCUGAACUGCCACCAGAAGAUCUUCACCACCCUGACCAGCACCGAGUGGAUCAGAAGGCCGGAACUCCCACAGGUCUUGCCCCAGGACCACGUUCUACCUGCAUUAAUGAGGUACUCGGUUGCCGCACAGCUGGGCAAGAUGGGAUGGAAGGCUCUAGGCAGUGCAGCAGAUUUGGAGAUGCUUGGAGGCCACCUGCUGGUGUGUGGUGCUGUAGAGACAUCAGUCCGUGUAUCUCAGUCGGCAGAUAGUGACCACAACAAUCCACUUGUACCGAAGGAAUCGCCAGUCUACAACAUCUAUACUGACUCCAACGUGGCUGAGGUGAUCCAGUGUAGACCAGUUCUGACCAGAUUUUCAGCCCGUGUGUCCGAGUUACAGCAGGAAUGGCCAGACCAUCCCACCCUGAAAAUACUGCAGACAAUCGUGGACCGAGUGCUGUCCUUCCCUGUAACCUGUCCCGUCAUGAAGUUCCUCACUGGGCUUGAGCUGGUGUUGGAGAAGUCCCAGGACUGGGAGGCAAAUGCUGCUGCACAUGUCUCCAUGGCAACACAACUAGCAGACGUCACCUCUAUGAUAAUACAGUGGAGGAAACUGGAACUUAGCUGCUGGAACCGGUCACUCGACACACAGGCCGAGAAAGUUAGGAAUAAAGCUGCACGAUGGUGGUUCCACAUCUACCAACUGAUUGGCUCUUUCUUGUCAUCACAGCAGAAUGAGGAUAUCCCAGAGCCAACUGCAGAAGAUAUCCUGAAGUCUCUGGAACAGUUCCUGGAAACUUCCAGCCUGGGAGAGUUCCGCUGCCGCCUAGAGAUGGUGUACACUUUCCACUGUCAGCUGACUCACAUGGACAAGUCUCCCAAGCAAGAUGUAUUGUUGAACCUCCUGUGGAAUGUGUACCAGUUUUAUAGGCAGUUUCUGGCUGUGGUGGAGGCAGACGUCACACGGCAGAGGACGCCUAUUGAGAAAGAGCUGAAGGGCUUUGUGAAGAUAGCCCGAUGGAAUGAUAUGAGCUACUGGGCUUUGAAGCAGACGACGGAGAAGACCCACAAGACUGUACACAAAUACUCCAAGGCAUUUCAGACAAUAUUAGAAAAACCAGUUGGCGAUCUCCUGACAGAGAAAGGAGAUAACUCAGACCAGGCAAGCAAUCCACAUGUCAGCUGUGGAGACAGACUACAGGAAUACUGUCGUAAAGCUGCUACCAAGAUGCUCGUCAAACAGAAACAUGAACCUGACUUGGCUACAGUUCCUGCGUCUGCUGGCAGCCUGCAGUCCCGUCUGCCAUCACUGACGAUGCGGGUCCAGAAACACUGGAGAAGAACUCUGUCCAACAUGCGCUACACCAAGCUCAUCACUGUCCUUGAUGAGUUCACAGGGGAGAUAAUUGAGUCUGUCCAUGAGCUUCAGGCUGAGGAAGUCACACCGGGUCUGGACAAAGAGCACCAAAAGUCAGAAGCCAAGCUGAUGAACCUUCGAAAGAGGAAGAGUCUAGCAGAUCUGUUCCGGCAUCUGACAACAGCAGGGUUGUCCUACAGGAAGGGGUUGACAAUGGUGGACGAAGGUGAAGGGAAAGUCAUGCUGGUGUCGCCCAUUGAUGUUGUUGCUGGUGUUGGUGAAGAAUCAACAGAGCUGUCGGGACUGUGGAGUGACUGCCUCAAGUACUACUACCGCUGCGUGGCCAGGAGGGCCAGGCUGACAGUCGCUCUACACUCACCCUCCAAGGAACUUGGUAUGGGUAACAUUAGCCGGUGUCGAGGGUUUGUGGAGCACCUGAUGCACAUGUUGACAGGGCAGCAACAGGAGCUGUCGGCCAUCUUUAGUCAGUACCUCCAGCUUAGGAAACUGAUGGCAUCAGUGAACAAGCUGCAGGUCAAAGCCAGUCUUCCUCCACAGAAGACGACCCAAGAAUGGAUAGACAAACUGAAACAUGUGUCAGUGCAGCUGCUGGAGGGUUUGAGCCAGUACCUGGUGUUGCUCUACACAUGUCCCAAGGAGGCAGAUGGAGCUAGGCCGUACCCAUCCCCCUACCCUCCAGAAGAGUUGUCUCCCAUGGCGCUACUCCACCAGGGGGAUGAAGGGUGGACCAGAUGUGUGCAGACGGUCAGGGAUAUGCUGAAAGUUGCUGAGGCAGAACAGGGCAAAAUAUUGAAGAUAGAUCAUGUGUGCUAUCAGUGGAGUGACCUUGAAGUUCUAGAAGACACUGUCGCUGAAUACAGGAAGUUCAUCCCACUUCUGUCCGAGCUGUCAUCCAGGUUUGAUGACCCCAUCUCCAACACCGGCUGCUGCCUCAACCAGACUCUAGUCUACCUAGGAGAGCAGCUCCAGUCAGUGUGCCAUGACUUCCAGACCUGGGUGGCAGACGCUGACAGUCUGAGACAGAUGGAUACUGAUGCACCCAGCCCUGUCUCAGCACAGAGGGAGAAGUUCUCUGAUGGAGUGGAGGGCAUCAUUGCCGCUGCUCUACUUGCUGUACAGAACCUGGUGAAGGCCCAUGGCAACCCUGAUGAUGUGGACACGGAGGAGAAACAGGAAGGUUCAGGAGGAGAGCAGGAGGAGUCAUCCUUCAGGAAGGGUCACCUGACCAAGCUGCUGAUGGAGCCGAUGUCUGCUGACCUCCAGCUGCUGCAGUACAACAAGGUGACAGAGUUCCUGGCAUCUCUGGUGAACAUCCUUAGGAUUAUGGUGGACUCUGCCUCUGAUGGAGGUUGCCAUGACAGCAUGGCCUGUCUGCAGCAGCUGGUUCGAUGCUGCCCCAUAAUGCACCAGUAUGUGCAUAUGGUGGAAUAUUUUGUAGCUCAUCAGAUUGGGUUGUUUCGGACGACAGGCAAACUUUUAUCAGUGCUGCUUGGACUGUUUACGGAACUUGCUACCAAGGGUUUCUGCAUCCCGGAGUUGUCAGAUGAGUUGGGAGGAGAGGGAGCCACCGAGUUUGAGGACAUCACUGGAGGAGGACUGGGGGACGGCCAGGGAGCCAAGGACGUCAGUGACCAGAUCGAGACAGAGGACCAGUUGGAUGAAGCUCAGCGCAAGGGAGAGGAGCAGAAGAAUGAUGAUGCCAACCAGCCUGACGUGGCGCCGGAAGACAAGGCCAUAGAGAUGUCGGAGGACUUCGAGGGUCAGCUUGAUGAUGCAGAGAUGAAAGAAGGAGAUGACUCUGAUCAGGAAGAACCAGACACAGAGGACCUUGACAAAAAGAUGGGGGACGUGGACUCCAAGGACACUGACCGUCUGGAUGAACAGAUGUGGGGCAGUGAUGACGAGGAGCAGGAGGAACAAGAGAAGGAGGACAGUAAGGAGGAAUCCGGGCCUGGUGCUGGACAGGAGAGUGAAAGUCAGGUGGUUGCCAAGGACGACAACCAGGACAAAACAGAGGAUGAAGACAACCAGAAAUCGGAAAAGGAUGAUAAAAAAGAUGGAGAAGAAGAGAACAGAGAAGAACAGAAACCACAUGAGCUGGAAGAAUUUGACGAGAAUGAGUAUGAUGAGGACAAGAUAGAUCCUAACCAUGGCAACCAGGGCCCUGAGCAGGAACCUGAAGCUCUCGACCUCCCUGAUGACCUGAAACUGGAUGAGAAUGAGGCUGGCAAAGAUGAAGAUGAGACUCAACCCCCAGAGCUUGACCUGGACAACCAAGAUGGCGGAGGAGAGGAUGUGGAGGAGCAGAAGGACGUCCCUGACACAGAGGAAGGAGAGAAGGAAGGGGAGGAAGAAAACAUGGAGGAGGAAGAACAGAAGGAUGAGACUGAUGGAAAAGAAGGUGAAGACAAGCCUCUGUCUGCCGAACAGGACCAGGAGAAGACGGCCGAGGAAGAAGAAGGGAAGGGGGAAUCUGGAGUCUCCCCACAGGAUGAGGAUAACCUGGACACUCCCGAGGAAGAGGCACAGAAGGAUGGUGAGACUGAGGACAGUGUGGAGGCUGUGGACGAGAGGGGCAAGACAAGUCAUGACACAGACACUGCCCAGAUGACAGACACAGCACAGGAUGAGGCAGCCACUGGGGAUAACAACCAGAAAGAGCAACAAGGAAUGGGUGUUUCUGUGACCCAGGAACAGGAGGGUCACGAGGGGGAGUCCUCGUCACAGGUGACAGAUGGAACAGCCCCACAACACAAGAAGCAACACAAACGCCGGCCUGGCCAGUCAGACCAAGAACGUAGUCUAGGGUCCCGAGAAGAGAAGUACAAGAAGUUGAAGACGGUGGACAGAACGCAGGAAGAUUCACAGGAACAGGAAAGCAAACCCCAGAAAGAGUCCGACCUGUACGAGCACAUCAAGGAGGCCACCUCCCAGCAUGAUGCCCAGACCCUGGAUGUUGCUACUGCUGAGCAGCAGGAAGAGCAACCAGUAGCCAAUCAGAACAAAGAUGAGAAGACUGAGUUGAAGGAAGCCUCUAAGAUGUCUGGGAAGGACACAAAGAGGACCACAGAGGACAGGGGUGAGGAGGACAUGGAGGUGGAGGACGAGCAGAAAGUGGAGGUCGAGGGAGAGAAGGUCCUGACAAUGGGUGCAGCAAGGGGCCCAGAGUCUACCAUACAUACAGUGCUGGAACAUCUACAUCUGGAUGCUGGGUUGGAGGAGAAUGUAACAGCCUGGUCCCAUCAACAGGCAGCCACUCCUCAAGAGCAAGCAGCAGCGGCGGAGGUGUGGCAGCAGUAUGACACCCUGACCGCCAGCCUGGCCCAGGAUCUGUGUGAGCAGCUCCGUCUGGUGCUGGAACCGUCACAGGCUACCAAACUCAGGGGAGACUACCGUACCGGGAAGCGCUUGAACAUGAGGAAGGUUAUCCCUUACAUCGCAAGUCAGUUUCGUAAAGACAAAAUCUGGUUACGCAGAACAAAACCAAGCAAGCGCCAGUACCAGAUCAUGCUGGCAAUAGACGACUCUUCCAGUAUGGUGGACAACCACUCUAAACAGCUGGCGUUUGAAUCACUGGCCAUGAUCUCCAACGCCCUGACCCUGCUGGAGUCUGGGGAACUCGCUGUCUGCAGUUUUGGUGAGUGUGUUCGUCAGCUGCAUCCAUUCUCCGAACAGUUCACCAACCAAUCAGGAGCCAGUAUCCUGCAACACUUCACAUUUGAACAGAAAAAGACAAAGAUUGCCCAGUUACUACAACAAGCAACCUCCAUUAUGGUGGACGCACGGCAACGUCAGCAGGGCACCGUCGGGCAGCCAGAGACGUCACAGUUGCUGCUGAUAGUGUCCGAUGGCCGAGGAUUGUUCAUGGAGGGAAUGGAGGUUGUCCAAUCAGCUGUAAGACGAGCUCGGGAGGCUAAUAUCUUCCUGGUGUUUGUCAUCAUUGACAAUCCACAGUCGAAGGACUCCAUACUUGACAUCAAGGUUCCGGUAUUCAAGGGGGCAGGACAGCUGCCGGAGAUCAGGUCGUACAUGGAGAGCUUCCCGUUCCCAUUCUAUAUCAUCCUCCGUGACAUCAACUCUCUCCCACAAACCCUCAGCGAUGCUCUCCGUCAGUGGUUUGAACUUGUCACAGCAGGGGACAGGGUGUAGACGUCAAAAUGAGACCAUCUCUGCCCUGGGAUAUAUUACUGUGGUUAAGUUGCUAUAUUUACAAACAUGAUACAGCACCAACCAGAAACCAUGGUGUAGAGAUCAAAGUGCCACCCCCUUCUACCAACUGAUACUCCAAUGUAUGACACUUCGUUCUCAUUGGCUCUGCCAGCCAUCAGAAAACUGACUCUUUGUCACCUAUGACUGUAUUACGAUACAGUGAAUUUGAAAGUUUGUCAUGAAUGGAAAGGGACCAAUUCUAAUAUUGUGACUGUAUGUGUGUACAUAAGCUUCCCAAAAAUAUGAUGUAUCUGGUCGAAACAGCAGAGUUGGUUUGGUGAUACCAAAAUUGUUUAUGUAUGAUUCUUGUUGAAAUGUAAACAUUGUUGAUGCCCUGUUAAGAUGUAAAAAUUAUUUGUUGUUGUCAGACCAUUUUUUACAAGCUCACAUGGCCGAUGAAGCUUGAAUUGUUUAUAAAUGAUCCCUGUGUCAAUAAACAUGCUGACAGUU